CCAGAAUUUUUGACAGGAGCUACUAUUUCCCGUGAUAUGCUGAAAGUGGCCGCCGGGCGCAAGUUACGCCGCUUGCUGCCAUGAGCACCAUACAAAACAAAUCAAGCUCCGCUUGCAUUUUCUCCAUCUCAUCUCCGCUGUCCGUCUCCGCAUCCGCUCCUAAAAAAAGGCACUCAAUUUACCCGAGCGCAUGUCCAUUGCCUUCCCUUUCAGAAAGGUUUGGAAGGAAACUAAAGCCAUGGAGGGAUUUGAGAGGAAGAGGACGGUGGUCAUCGUUGGCGGCGGCAUUGCUGGCGCACAACUCGCUAAAUCCCUUGAACAAAUCGUUGAUGUCAUUCUUAUCGACCCAAAGGAGUACUUCGAGAUUCCGUGGGCGAAUUUGAGAUCGAGAGUGGAGCCAGCGUUUGCGGAAAGAUCGGUGAUUAACCAUAAGGAUUAUUUGAAAAAGGGGAAGGUCAUUGUGUCCAAUGCUGUGGACGUAACGGAGCAAGGGGUUGUGACGGCAGAAGGACGCAGAGUGCCUUGUGACUACCUUGUCAUUGCAACCGGUCAUCCUUACACUACAAUCAGAAGCAGGAGGGACAGGCUCGAAAAGUUUCAGGAAGAUAACCAAAAGAUUAUAUGUUCAAGCUCGAUAAUGAUCGUCGGUGGCGGCGCAACGGGCGUUGAGCUCGCCGGAGAGAUUGCAGUGGACUUUCCGGACAAAAAGCUGACCCUCGUACAUAGGGGGCAGAGGCUAUUGCCAUUUAUCGGACAGAGAGCCAGCGCGAAAGCACUCGAGUGGCUAAAAUCGAAGAAUGUGAAGGUGCUUUUGGAGCAAUCGAUCGACGUAGAGUCCAUUUCGGAGUCUGACAGAGAGUUUAAAACGUCGGCCGGAGAAAUCGUUAGGGCUGAUUCUUACUUUCUUUGCGUGGGGAAGCCGAUCGGUUCUGCCUGGCUCCGGAAUUCUAUACUGAAGGAGUAUUUGGACAGGCAUGGGAGGCUGAUGGUCGAUGAGAACUUUAGAGUUGGCGGCUUGAGCAAUAUUUUUGCCGUCGGAGACAUUACUGAUAUUCCGGAGCUCAAACAAGGAUUGACUGCCCAAAGGCAUGCCGUGAUUGUUGCCAAGAAUUUGAAGAUGCUUGUGAAGGGAGUUGACGGGUGCAAGCUGGUCAGGUACAAGCCUGCACAUCCACAGGCCUGGAUUUCCUUGGGAAGGAGAGAUGCGUUGGUUCAGUACUCCUUCAUCACUGUUUCUGGUUUCGUUCCAGGUAUGUUCAGGUCGAGGGAUCUAUUCAUUGGCAGGAUGAGAAAAGCUUUGGGCUUGGAAUGAUGGCUGAUGGGGAGUUCUUGGGAUAUUUAGGCUUAUGAGGGAUCUAGGACAUGAUGCACUGCAGAUUUUGUUCUAAAAAGGCUUUAUUUAUUUAUUUUAUUAAUUUUUUUUUUCUAAAUUGAUCAUGUUGCAAUA